CUCCGGUGUUAUUGAUAAAUUUUCUGUGAAGUUGUAAAAUUGAAAAUAAGCUAAAAUUACUGAAAAUAAAUAGGUCCUAUUUAACUUUCUAAGUCAUGGAAGAGGCAUGGGGCCAGCUGGUCAGUCUGACGGAUGUUGAAUCAGAGCCCGUGCUAAUUACUUCUGACAGACUGACAAUUGGUCGAGCACCAGACUGUGAUAUUUCAUUCGCUGGAAACAAACUUGUGUCAGGCCAUCAUUGUAGUGUGGAGAGAGAUGAAGAUGGACAGGUGUGGUUACGAGAUUCCAGUACAAAUGGAACACUCCUAAAUUUGAAAGUUAAAGUCACGAAAGGAAAUGGGAAGAAAUUGAGUCAUGGAGAUGAAUUUUAUGUGGUCCAUAAGAAAGAUAACGAGGAUUUAAACAUUGGAUACAUUUAUCAAAGCAUGGCAGAACUAAAAAAAGAACUUGAAGAAAGUCUUGAAGACACACAGGAGUAUUCUAACAAUGAAUUUCUGGAUGCCACUUUGGCAGAUGAUGGUGUCAAUGAAAUAGAAGCUACAGAAGACUCACCUAAACCAAAGAAAAGGCCAGCAGAAUCAUCACCAGAAGAGCCAGUGGAAAAAAUUAAAAGUGAAAAAAAGGUGAAAUUAGAUAGAGAUCCAGAGAAAAAGACAGAAAUUCAGUCUUGUAAAUCAGAGGAGUCUACAAAGAAGACAAAAGCAGAUUCCUCUAAAUCUGAGCAAAAGACAGCUCAGGCUGACACAGAAUCAGGGGAAAGGUGCCCAGGGGACAAAGGCCCAGGGACUGCAGUGGAGUCUAAGGAUGGAAUGGAGGAAGUGCUGGUGUGCAUCAUCUGUCAGGAGAUCAUGCACGACUGUAUCAGUUUACAGCCCUGUAUGCAUACAUUCUGUGCGGGCUGUUACUCAGACUGGAUGAAGCGAUCCCCAGAGUGCCCCUCUUGCAGAAUGACGGUGGAUAGAAUUAACAGGAACCAUAUAGUGAACAACCUAAUCGAGGCAUAUCUGAAGGAACACCCAGAUAAAAAGAGAUCAGAGGAAGACAUCAAAGAACUUGACGCCAAAAAUCAAAUAAGCAGAGACAUGUUAUACCCGAAGGAGUUGAAGGACAAGGAAUAUGACCCUGAUGAAGAGGUGGAGGAUUCUGACGAUUAUGAAGAGGACUCUGAUGAGGCGGACAAUCAAGGACCCAUAUCUACUUCUGUGUUUAGACCUGCUCCAGUCCCUCCUUUUCAGUAUGGUGGUGGACUGUUUGGAAAUUGGAACCCAGUGAGAUUUGUCUGUCGUCAGUGUCCCAAUUACCGUGACCCAAACACACCUGGGACAGGUGUUUUAGGAACAGUUUUUAACACUGUGAGGACUGCUCUAGGUAUCAAUCAGGGCAAUUCUCAAAAUACACAGGGCAAUAACCAGGGCAUGACCACUACAGAAGGCAAUCAACCGGGGCCAUCCACUGCUGACCAACCAGACACCACAGGAGAUGACAGUGAGGCUACCCAGCCCACCACCUCCACAGAAGAUGACUUUGAAGAGAGGAAGAAGAAAGAUGACAUGAAACCAGAGGUUGUAGCUCCGCAAUAUGUCUGUGUGGUGAACCAAAACCACAUUCUAUGUCAGUGUUGUUUACAACCAAUGCCGGACAGACGGACAUUGCCAGAGACACGCCAGCAGUGUUGUCUGUGUCUAAGAUCAUUCUGCCAUGCCUACUGGGGAUGUAAAAAAGCUGAAUGUCUGGGUUGCAUUGGAAGAUUUAAAGACAUGAAUUUAGGAAGAAAGUGCCUCGUGAACCUUAUUCUGGAAAAUCCUUAUGAAUCAGAAAUCUUACAGAAUUACCUUGAAGAGAAGAAAAUGGCCUUGAAUGAGAUGAGAGAUAUCUGUAUGCAGAAGUUGGAUGAGGGAACAUACAAGUGCAUAGACCAGAGGCGAUUGAAUCUGACAUCAGAAAGUACAGUGUGUUACCCCUGUGCCUUGAGGAACUUCAAGGAUUUAGCAUACUCUUUCAGAUCAGAUAUCAAGAAAGAAGAUUUACCAGAGGCUGUAAGGAGAAGAAAUGACUGCUAUUGGGGUAAAAACUGCAGGACUCAGAAAAACAAACCUCACCAUGCUCAAAAUUUUAACCACGUAUGCGAACAAACUAGGACAUCAUAGAACUUGGGGAAUUUUAUUGUCUAAACAUUCCAACCAUGUGCAUGUGAUUAGGCAAUGUUCAUUUUUGGUGUGUUAUGUGUGUGCAGAAGGGAGUGACCCGAGUCAGUGAUGCGUGACUGAGAUAAUGACCUUCAAUCAGAGAGGGAGAUUAUGUCAGGAAACAGUUCAACAAAUGUUAGAGAUCCCUAUGAUCCCAGGAUUUCCAGAUGACGGUCCCCAGUGACAUACAGAUAUACUGGUAGCUGCUGUGAUAAAUCAACCAUACAUUUCAUCAAAGACUAGCUUAGAUAUAGUUAUGAAUUUAAAUGUUUUUUUUUGUGAGAAGAUUUAUCUGUGAUAGCGUUAUUUGUUACUUUUAUGAACUGUUUGAACUAGAAAUUAUGGGGAAAAUGUACAUCUUAAUGUAUCACAAAUUGUAUAUCUUACAAUGUGGGCCAUGUGUAGGUUUGUGUUUUAUUAUGUACUGUAGUUUAUGAUAAACUGAAUCAUAAGUAUCUUUAUCUAGAAACCAUUAAAUUUAUCCAAUU